AUGAUUUAUAAGAGAGAUUGUGUUACAACACCAUCUGGUGUUUGUCAUACUUCAUUGGCAGGCCCAACAAGUGAAGAAUAUUCUUUUAAUCUAGCAACUACACCAUCUUCAACCAAUUUAGUUGAACAAACACUCUCGGAAACAAUUCAAUCAUCACAAUUUGUGCAAAACUUUUCGAACAUUGGUCAUUCGAAAAACCAAGUUUCUACAAGCAGUAAUUGUUUUAAUUCAAAUUCUGAUAUUUGUCCUAUUACAAUAUCUAAAACAAUAUCAUCUUUAAACAGUUACAAUAAUUCAUCUGAAUUUUCUUCAAAUUGCUCUGAUUUUUCUUAUAGUACAUUGAAUUUUACCUCAAAUUCAAACUUUUCGAGUGGUAAACAUUUAAAUAAUAUCAGUAAUAAUAAUAUAUUUGAGGAAAUUCCUGACAGCUCUGCAGUUCUUAAAAACCUGUACAAAAAUCGGCAAGUUUCUUCAAUACUAUUUCAAGAAGAUGUAAAAAAUAUUUCUAAGGAACAGUCAAGUUUAUAUAACUGCCCAAAAGUGGCCAAGACAAAUUCAAAUUCAAAUUCAAAGCCCAAUUCUAAUCAAAUAAAUUUUUUAAAUUCUUUUAAUAGUCAUUUUAAGAAUAAACAGGAUCAAGAUUCGGCCGAUCUAAGCACAGAGAGUUUUUCUAAAACGAAAAAAGAUCAUGAUGUUAAUAUUUGGCCUUCUAAAUUGUUAAAAGAAGAUGAUCCAGAAAUCAAUGUCAAUAUUGAAGAUUGGCAACAUUUUAUUUCUAAACAUCUUACAAAAAUUAAACAGAAUUCAGAAUCCAAUCAAGAUAUAUUGACAGAUUCUUUUCUUCAGUUUUUACAAAAAAAGACUGAGGAAAAAAAUUGUCAGGACAGUAUUAUUUAUGAAGGUGGUGAAACUGAUCAACUCUCUAUUUCAUUGACUAACAAAAAUAAAUCAGAAGAAGAAACAAUUUUCAAAAAAAAAGAAUUUAUUGAAGAAUCCAAGCUCAUGAAUGAUUUUAUAAGUAAAAUACUUUUAGAAAAAGAAGAAAAAAAAUUUAAAUUUUCAGACGAAAGAAAAAAAUCUAUUAGAAAAGAGAUUUUAGAUGAUUUCAACAACGAUUUGGAUGAAAAAAUUAAAAGAGAUGCCAUGAGUCAAUAUCAAGAAGACAAAACUCAUCACAAACGAUCAUCAAAUUACAACGAAAUUAAUCAAUGGGAAUUCUUAAAUCAACAAGGGAUUCAAAAUCCCGGCAAUCACCCUCGGAGAGGACCUUUUUCGUUUGGUGGGUCUUCUCAAGCACACUCUCUCGGUUGGAACCCCGUAGGAAUGGGUAUGCCUCGGCAAACAAACCCAUAUUAUUCGAACCCUCAUAGUAAUAUGAUGCCUGCACAUGCUCACACGGAAUACAGAUACAAUCAAUGGAACGCAUCUAAUCAAAAAAACCUACCCAAUAUUCACAAUGCUCAUUCUCAAAAUACUAUUUUACCUCAGUCACGAUUAGAUAUUAAACAUCAUUCAGAUAUUUUCAAUUCAAUGUCCGAGUACGCAAUGGCAGGAGGUGCGACUACGGAUUUAUCAAAACUGCGUAAUUCUCCAAGAGAUUUAAUGAUCCGUUCUCAAUCUACGGAUAAAUCAUCUAAAUCUGGAAUACACUCCGAUCACCGUAAUACCAUUUCUCCAACGAUUAAAAAUUCAACCGUGCGCCCAUCUUUAUCAGCUCAUCAAAAAACUGUUAUCAGCAAUCCUUUAUCAGAUCUUCAAAUGCUUGUUACGAAUCAAAAAAAUGACAAUCAACCCCUAAAAUCGGAUUCUUACCAACAAGAAUCAGUGGAUCUUUCGGCUCAUUCUGAUUUAUCUAAAUCUAAAGAAAGUGCAGUUAAAAAAGUUACACUUAACACUUCAGCAAGUGAAAAUAGUACCGAUCAAAAAGAGUGCAAUCCGCCCAUUAGUCUUAAAACAAUUCGAAAUCAAAUAGAAAUAAGUGAAAAACCUGUGAAAUUAGUUUCAAAAAAUAGUGAAAAAUGUACAGAAUCAGAAAUAUCAUCAUCCAGCAGAAUAAACAAUAUAGCAAAAAAUGAUUUGUCCUCAUUAAAUUCAAAAGACCGAAUUAAUACGAAUAUUAGUAAAAAUAUAGCGGAAAGUAUUAAAAAUGCUGAGGUGUGUAAAGAAACCAGUGUAAUUGUUGAGAAAAGCAAAAAUUUAACGGUUAGUUCCGUUAGAAAUAAAGAAGGCAUUCCAAAGAAUUUAGAAAUUAUAACAAUAAAUCCUAGUAGCAAUGAAAAGGAAUUGAAAAGUUGCAUCGUUGAAGAAUUGCCCAAUGAUUCGGAGUCAAAAAUGAAAAGGAUGGAACCAGACGAAAAAAAGGAGGAAAUUUUAAAAGUUGAAAAUUUAAAAAAUGAAAUUACAAUUAAAACCAGUGAAAAGUGUGAAACGGCGGAUAGUGAAAAAAUAUCAAAUGGAAAACGUAAAGCCGCUGACGAGGAAUCAGGUGGUACCACUAACAAAAAAACUGUUUUAGAAGUUGUUGAAUCUCAGUUGGUUGAAAAAACUAUAGAAAGCAACGAAGACAACCCCGAUUUACCAACGGUCACGUCCACAUCGGCCGAAGUUAAAACUCCGAAUAGUGAAACGCUUAAAAAAACUCCGAAAAAAAAACCUUCGAAAAAAUCUAAAAAUUUUAGGGUAUCUUCGGCACAAAGUUCGAGUUCGGAUAGUCAAUUUUUUAAUAAAAAAUUCAGGACUUCCCUCACUAAAGAUGAUAAUAAAAAAAAAUUGAAAAAGAGUUUUAACGAUUCGAUGGAUCGUCGGGGUCCCAUUUUGCACUUGGAAGGAUCAAGAGAUUCGCCCUCUUCCGUGACUGUGAUUAAUUUUCCAAAAGGAGACGACGAAGAUGAAAAGGAUAAAAGUACUCUUAAGAAACAAACGUUGAGUUUAAGUAGACCUAAACACCUUAAUGAAUUAGACUAUAGAGGAAAAUGUAAAAAUGGUUUAUUUAGUAGCACAUUAUCUUCCCGGUACGAUGCUCACACGACGGAUUACACGUGGAUAUGCGUGUUUUGUAAAAAAGGACCUCAUUUUAAUGCUCUCGGAGAUUUGUUCGGACCUUACAUCGUAUCGAAGGAGGAAAAUACUUCCAUGUGUGAUUUUUCCGGGGAUGAAAAAGACAUUUCCGACGCUCAAAAAAGAGGAGGACGAAAUAAAACAAGUUUAAGGUCGAACAAUAUGGUAGAACAUUUUCAAAAAAUGUCAAAAAAGUUGAGGAGAGCGCAAUCCACUGAUUCUUGUCUCAUUGGUAUGACUGUGAUUUCCGAUGAUCAAACCGAUCAAUUGCGCUACGAAGUUUGGGUACAUGAACAAUGUGCGGUUUGGUCACCAAACGUGUGCCUCGUAGGUUCUAGAAUAAUAGGAAUGCAAGAAGCAAUUUGGUCCAGUGUAAAAACGAUGUGCAGUAAAUGUGGAUCUUUCGGUGCAAAUAUAGGUUGCGUGUUUAGAAAUUGUCCCAACAGGUCUCACUAUCAUUGCGCUAAGGAAAACGGAUGGUCUUUGGAACAAGAAACUUUUAUUUCAACAUGCCAAGUACAUAAGCCACGAUCAUGA